AUGUCGGUCAAGGCGAACGAACUGGACCAGAAGAUCCAAGAUGUCUACAAGCGCAUCCAGACCGAGCGUAAUGUUUUGGAUGGGCUUAAACGCUUCCGCCAGGCCACCACCAAUCCGGAUGUCCUCAGAGGGACCGAUGCAAAGUUUAGAGAAGCAGAGCGCUCGCUCUCCUAUUUCGAGGACACUCUCCGCCAGUUGCAGGCUCGCAAGAUGAUGCUAGCCCGCGACGAUCAACAGAGAUCAGGAAGCCCGGGUCCUGGUCAGCGUCCUGGGCGUGCGGCUGACACUAAUCGCAAUGCUCAGUCGCAGUAUUCAGAUGGGUCAAGGCGUGGCGCACAGAGCCCCCAGUCUCCCGAUGUGCGCACGUCAGGCGGGAGCUUUCCGGGAGACGAUGCGUUCAGCACCCCUGCGAAGACGUACACAAAACUCGAUCUUAUUAAGGCGGACACACCUCAUACCACAGCCAAAAUUUCGUGCAUGCUUCAUGAGCUCGAGUUUAAGUUACAGGUCGAAAAGCAGCUAAAGAAAGGUAUUGACAAGAUGGCUAAGGUGUUUCAAGCCGAGGGCGAUAAACGAUCAAGAGCGGAGGCUGAAAGCAAAAAGAUAGAAAGCGAGAGAAAGAUACAUCUACUGCAAACUGCCCUGAAACGCUACGAGAAAUUACAUAUCUUAGAUGAUGCCAAUGAAGAAGAAGAUAUAGAGAUUAAUCAAAAUAUGCCAGGCCCCUCCGGCGUUGGCGUUCCCGGUGUAGACGGGGAGAGAAAGGAUAUUCGCUCCAAGAAUCUAUCCGGAAAGCUCCAGGUUACACUGAAAGGCGCUCGCGAGCUGGAGCAUGCCCCUCUCGCAUCGCGGUCUCGCUCUGCGUCAAAACAGGUCGAGACCUUCAUUUCUUUCAAAGUGGAAGGCACUGAACGUGCUCGCUCGCAUCCUUCCCGAACCGAUCGUUGGAUGGAGGACUUCGAGAUUACGAUAGAGAAGGCCAACGAAGUGGAGAUUACAGUUUACGACAAGCAAGUUGGGGAGGCACAUCCCGUUCCGAUCGGAUUGCUUUGGAUCAAGAUCAGUGACCUGGUGGACGCACAGCGAAAGCAGAAAGUCAUGAUGGAGACCGGCCAGGGGGGCUGGGUCACUGCUGGUGCCAUGGAUGGCGAUGCCGCUGCGAUUAGUGCUCAAGCGGGAAGCGUGGGCGAUAUGAAUGCACCUAUUGGUUUUGGUGAUAAUCGAGUCGUACCGCCGUCCUCCAUAUCUACGGCCCAGUCUGAGGGUAUUGAUGCUUGGUUCGCUGUUGAAGCUGCCGGCGCGUUAGCGCUUCACCUUAACUUCGGCAUGUGUUCAUUUUUUAAGGAGAACGUGCGUAAACGUCCGUUAGAUGCCCCUGGCGGUUUGGGUCGUCAAGGUGCUGUUCGCAAGCGCAAAGACGAGGUACAUGAGAUGAACGGACACAAGUUUGUUCAACGACAGUUUUACCAAAUCAUUCUAUGUGCGUUCUGCAACGAGUUUUUGCUCAAUGCAGUUGGCUACCAAUGUGAAGAUUGUCGGUAUACCUGCCAUAAGAAAUGUUAUGAGAAGGUUGUGACAAAGUGUAUCUCGAAGUCUAAUACUGGCGACGAUGACGCAGAGAAGAUCAAUCACCGGAUUCCUCACCGGUUUGAGCCGAUCACCAAUAUUGGUGCAAACUGGUGUUGUCAUUGUGGCUAUAUGCUCCCUCUAGGCCGCAAGAACGCACGAAGGUGUACUGAAUGUGAUAUUACUUGCCACGCCAACUGCGCGCACCUUGUACCCGAUUUCUGCGGGAUGUCGAUGGAGACCGCUAAUCAACUCCUGCGAGACUGGCGAGAUAUCAACAAAGCGCGAGGAGGCAAGACACUUGUUCAGCCACGUCGAGCAACUCAGCAUCAGCAGCUUACCUCGAUGCCUCAGCAAGCACCGUUAGACCAGAUCAGUAGCGACAUAGAGCGUAUGCAGGUUAUUGAACCUCCAGUUCCGCAGAAAGACGUUGUCUAUGGUCGCCCAGUUCCCCAAGGAGCUUCAGUGGAGAUAGCCUUUCCUGACCAGCGUACGGCAUCUCCAGGUCCAGGGACAUAUCCUGGACAGUCACCUCGACAGCCACCUAUAAGCCGACCAGCUGCCUCCUCGCAGCUUCCCACAGAAUCACCAUCACAAGCUAUCUCAGGACACUCCGGAUCUGGAGGGUACGAACCGCCAGAAGCUUACGGAUACCCUAGUUCACCCGCUCAACAAGCAGUCCCUCCGAAAGAACUACCUGGCUAUGCCGCUCGCCCUAGCCAGUCAGACCGACAACCCUCGCUGCCACCACCUUCUCAGCAGGUGCAACAACCGACGUCUCAGCAGUAUCGACCGCCUGCGCGUAAGCGAAAAGUUGGUUUGGACGACUUCAACUUCUUGGCCGUGCUUGGCAAGGGUAACUUCGGUAAGGUUAUGCUAGCGGAAGAAAAGACUACAAGUAGCCUUUACGCUAUCAAAGUCUUGAAGAAAGAAUUCAUCAUCGACAAUGACGAAGUUGAGAGUACGCGCUCCGAGAAGCGUGUGUUCUUAGCUGCUGCGCGAGAGCGGCAUCCCUUCCUUUUGGGACUCCAUUCAUGUUUUCAGACCGAAACACGUGUCUAUUUCGUCAUGGAGUAUCGCAAGCAAUUCUCCUUGCGACAAGCCAAAUUUUACGCCUCGGAAGUGCUUCUCGCCCUCGAGUAUUUCCACGCAAAUGGCAUCAUCUACCGUGAUCUCAAGCUGGAUAAUAUACUAUUGACUUUGGAUGGACAUGUCAAAGUGGCAGAUUACGGUCUCUGCAAGGAGGACAUGUGGUAUGGCUCGACGACGAGCACAUUCUGUGGUACCCCAGAGUUCAUGGCUCCUGAGAUCCUUUUGGAACAGCGCUACGGUCGCGCCGUUGACUGGUGGGCUUUUGGUGUUUUGAUGUAUGAAAUGCUACUAGGACAGUCGCCAUUCCGUGGGGACGAUGAAGAUGAGAUCUUCGAUGCUAUAUUGGAAGAUGAGCCGUUGUACCCAAUUACAAUGCCCAGAGAUGCAGUAUCAAUACUUCAGAAGCUACUUACCCGGGAUCCAGCACGACGACUGGGAUCGGGCAAAGCUGACGCAGAAGAGAUCAAACGACAUCCAUUUUUCAAGGACGUUAGCUUUGAUGAUGUACUAAACAAGCGGAUUCCUCCAACUUAUUUCCCUACAGUCAACGGCAGCGCUGAUACCAGCAAUUUCGACGAGGAAUUCACACGUGAACAGCCGACGUUGACACCAGUGCACACUCAACUCUCUACCCGUGACCAGGCUGAGUUCAACGGAUUCUCUUGGGUCGCGAGUUGGGCAGACGUUUAG